GCUGACUUACACAACACAUGCAGAUCAGCUGCGAGGACUACAUUGCUGAUUGUCUGCCUGUUAGUGCCUCAGUAGUGUUCACCAGUGGACCAUGGUGCAGGAAUAUCAGUCACCGGUGCGGGUCUACAAGCACCCCUUUGAACUUAUAAUGGCGGCCUACGAGCGAAGAUUUCCAACCUGUCCCCUCAUCCCCAUUUUUGUGCACAGCGACAUCAUCAGUGAAAGUCAGAGCGAAGACGGAGCAACUCAUGUAAUCGAGCGAAGGUGUGCACUUGACGUGGAUGCCCCUCGACUGUUAAAGAAGAUAGCAGGAGUCGACUACCUGUACUUUGUGCAGAAAAACACACUGGAUCGGCGACAGAGGGUUCUGCAUAUAGAGACCUACAAUGAAUCCUUUUGCACCAGGGUGAUGGUCAAAGAGCACUGCUGCUACAGGGUGCAUCCAGAAAAUGAAGAGUGGACAUGUUUUGAGCAGUCAGCCAAUAUGGACAUAAAGUCUUUCUUUGGAUUUGAGGGUACAGCAGAGAAGAUUGCUAUGAGGCAAUAUGCUUCUAGUAUUAAUAAGGGCAAGGAGAUUAUCGAAUAUUACCUCCGAGAGCUAGAGUCAGAGGGUAUAACUAAUAUACCUCGCUGGACUCCUCCUUUCAGUACCACAGCAUCAAGCAAGCUAACAGUCAACUUAGCUACCAACAGCAGCAAAGAAGAACAUGAUGGAGUCCACAGUAACCUCACAGAGACCAUGCCUGCUUCUGUAGAAGAUAAGUUACAUGCAGAUUACAUUAGACACUAUCUAGGAGAGCUGAGCCCUCUGAAUGAGAGUUGCUUCAUCCGCCUACGGCAGUGGCUGAAGGAGACACACAAGGGAAAGCUCCCUAAAGACCAGCAUGUGCUGAGGUUUCUGCGCUCACGGGACUUUAAUGUAGAGAAAGCUCGAGAAACAUUGUGCCAUACACUCUCUUGGAGGAAGCAGCACCAGGUGGACUUCCUGUUGGACUCAUGGAAGUGUCCACAACUGUUGCGUGACUACUACACAGGGGGAUGGCACUAUCAUGACAAAGGUGGCCUGCCUCUCUACAUCUUACGGCUUGGACAAAUGGACACCAAAGGACUUGUCCGGGCUUUAGGGGAAGAAUCUCUUCUUCGGCAUGUGCUAUCUAUCAAUGAGGAAGGUCUCAAGCGCUGUGAGGAGAACACAAUCAUCUUUGGCAGACCCAUUAGUUGCUGGUCCUGUCUAGUGGAUCUGGAGGGGCUGACAAUGAGGCAUCUGUGGAGGCCAGGAAUUAAAGCUUUACUGAGGAUUAUAGAGGUGGUGGAGGCCAACUAUCCUGAGACACUGGGUCGGCUGCUUAUAUUGAGAGCUCCCCGUGUCUUUCCUGUGCUCUGGACACUGAUCAGCCCAUUCAUUGACGAGAACACUCGCAAGAAAUUCCUCAUCUAUGCUGGGAAUGACUAUCAGGAUUCAGGAGGAUUGGUGGAUUACAUAGACAAAGAGAUCAUCCCUGACUUUCUUGGAGGAGAUUGUCCAUGUGAUGUUCCGGAGGGUGGCCUGGUUCCCAAAUCACUGUAUCGCACUGCAGAGGAGCUGGAAAAUGAGGAGAUCAAACUCUGGACUGAAACUAUCUACAAAACUGCAAGUGUCUUUAAAGGUGCUCCACAUGAGGUGCUGAUUGAAAUCACAGAAGCAUCAUCAGUUAUCACAUGGGACUUUGACAUUUGUAAAGGUGAUGCUGUUUUCAACAUCUAUCACUCAAGAAAAGCUUCACAAACUCAAAAGAAAGAUACUCUGACGAAUCUGACUGGUCCUGGAGGCAACAACGUUCAAGUGAUUGACAAGUCAUGGAUACUGGGAACGGACUACAGCUUGGUGGAAGCGGCUCUAGCUUGUAGAGAGGGCGAGAGCAUACAGGGCUCACAUGUAACACGUUGGCCUGGUUUCUACAUCCUGCAGUGGCGCUUCCACAGCUCAGCAUCCAGCUUAUCCUCACUUCAAGUCUCCACACAGAAGUGUCGGGUGAUGUACUACACCGAAGUGCUGCAGUCUGCUGACUUCAGGGGUUCUAUGACAAGUCUAGAGUCCAGCCAUAGUGGCUUCUCCCAGCUGAGCAGCACUACCACCUCUUCUGGCCAAUCACAUUCCAGCUCACUUGCUUCGCGGUAGAACAUAAGACACAUAAAACCUGAGAUUGUUUGAUACAAAAUCCUGUAGAAAUUGUUACACAGAAUUUUGUGCUGUUUUUACUUAAGUUAUGUUGUUUGAGUCAUUUCACAUUUCUUCUCAUUUAUAUUUCUAAUAUACAGUAGUGUGAAAAAGUGUUUGCCCCCUUCCUGAUUUUUAAUUUUUUUGCAUGUUUGUCACACUUUCAGAUCAGAUCAUCAAACUAAUUGAAAUAUUAGUCCAAGAUAACACAAGUAAACACAACAUGCGGUUUUUAAAUGAAGGUUUUUAUUAUUAAGGUAAAACAAAAUGUAAACCUAUUGUACAUGGCCCUGUGUGAAAAAGUGUUUGCCCCUUAUAACUGGUUGGGCCACCCUUAGCAACAAGAACUGCAAUCAAGCGUUUGCGAUAACUUGUAAUGAGUCUGUUACAGCGCUGUGGAGGAAUUUGGGUCCACUGAUAUUUGCAGAAUUGUUAUAAUUCAGCCACACUUGAGGGUUUAUGAGCAUGAACCGCCUUUUUUAAGGUCAUGCCACAGCAUCUCAAUAUUCAGGUCCGGAUUCAGAGGUGGAAUUGCUGGUGUGUUUUGGAUCAUUUUCCUUUCGCAGAACCCAAGUGCACUUUAGCUUAAGGUCACGAACAGAUAGCUGCACAUUGUCCCUCAGGAUUUUUUGGGAGACAGCAGAGUUCAUGGUCUUCCAGGUCCUGAAGCAGCAAAAACAGUACCAGACCGUCACCCUACUGUACCACCACCAUAUUUUACUUUUGGUACGAUGGGUUUUUUUUCUGAAAUGCAGUUACUUUUGUAAUAGGACAUACAACUUCCAAGAAGUUCAGCUUUUGUCUCAUCAGUCCACAAAGUAUUUCCCCAAAAGUCUUGGGGAUCAUCAAGAUGUUUUCUGGCAAAUCUGAGACGAGCCUUUAUGUUUUUUUUUUUUGCUCAGUAGUGGUUUUCAUCUUGGAACUCUGUCAUGCAGUUCAUUUUUGCCCGGUCUCUUUCUUAUGGUGGAGUCAUGAACACUGACCUUAACUGAGGCAAGUGAGGCCUGCGGUUCUUUGGAAGAUGUUGUGGGAUCUUUUGUGACAUCUUGGGUGAGUUAUUGCUGCGCUUUUGGGGUAAUUUUGUUCGGCUGGCCACUCCUGGGAAUGUUCACCACUGUUCCAUGUUUUUGCCAUUUGUGGAUAAUGGCUCUCACUGUGGUUCGCUGGAGUCCCAAAGCUUUAGAAAUGGCUUAAUAACCCUUUCCAGAAUGAUAGAUCUCAAUUACUUUCUUUCUCAUCCUGAAUUACUUUAGAUCUCAGCAUGAUGUGUAGCUUUUGAGGAUCUUUUGAUCUACUUCACUGUCAGUCAGGUCUUAUGUAAGUGCUUUCUUAAUUGCGAACAGGUGAGGCAGAUCAGGCCUGGGUGUGGCUAGAGAAAUUGACCUCAGGUGUGAUAAACCACAGUUAAGUUAAGAUAAACCACAGAGGGGUAAACACUUUUUCACACAGGGCCAUGUGAGUUUGGAUUUUAUUUUCCCUUAAUAAUAAAAACCUUCAUUUAAAAACUGCAUGUUGUGUUUACUUGUUUUAUCUUUGAUUAAUAUUUAA